GGCGUGUGGCUGAGUUGGAGCAGCAGCAGCCGUGUGAUGCAAACCGUGAAUGAGUGCAGCCCUGUGCCUGCUCCGGCUGCAGCACGCACAUUCGCCGGCUCCGGGGCGUCCGCCAGCAUGGCCUGCGAGCUUGUCCGGAUCAUGCGCCAGGAUGAUGCAAACCUCGCAGGCAACGUCCAUGGGGGGAUCAUCCUGAAAAUGAUUGAAGAGGCAGGCGCCAGCAGCAGCACCCGCCACUGCAACUCCCAGUCAGGGGAGCACUGUGUGGCGGCGCUGGCCCGGGUGGAGCGGACAGACUUCCUCUCACCCAUGUGCAUCGGGGAGGUGGCGCACGUCAGCGCAGAGAUCACGUUCACCUCCAGGCACUCCGUGGAAGUCCAGGUCAGCGUGCUGGCUGAGAACAUCCUCACAGGUUCCAAGAGAGUGACGAACAGGGCGACGCUGUGGUAUGUGCCGCUUUCUCUAAAGAACGUGGACAAAGUCCUUGAAGUUCCUCCCAUUCAGUACGCUGGGGAGGAGCUGGAGGAGGAAGGGAAAAAACGCUACGAAGAGCAGAAACUGGACCGACUGACAACUAAACAGCGAAACGGGGACGUCAUCUUUCCUGUGAUCAACGCAGACAGACAGACUAAAGAGCCAUUCACUGUCGGCUACAGCCAGUCCAGCCUGAUCCAUCUGGUGGGCCCCUCAGACUGCACUCUCCAUGGAUUUGUACACGGCGGUGUCACCAUGAAGCUCAUGGACGAGGUGGCUGGGAUCGUGGCUGCUCGCCAUUGUAAGACCAACAUCGUCACAGCUUCCGUGGACGCCAUUAACUUCCAUAAGAAGAUCAAAAAAGGUUGUGUCAUUACCAUCUCCGGACGCAUGACCUUCACCAGCAAUAAAUCCAUGGAGAUCGAGGUCUUUGUGGACGCGGAUCCGUUUGUGGAUGAGCCCAAAGAGCGAUACCGAGCGGUCAGCGCGUUCUUUACCUACGUGUCCCUGAGCAAGGAGGGGAAGCUGCGGCCUGUGGCACAGCUGAUGGUAGAAACCGAAGAUGAGAAGAGGCGUUUUGAAGACGGCAAAGGGAGAUACCUUCAAAUGAAAGCGAAAAGGCAGCUCCAGCCGCCUCCCCUCGAUCAACAAUGACCCUCCAUCUUAGACCUCAAUAUUUAUGUAUGGGAGAGCCACCUAGAAAUAGGCAUCUCCAUGUAGGAAUAUUUACUUGGACAAAUAAACCUCACUAGUGUUGUAUGAGCUGUUCACAGGCCCUGUGUAUUCCCUGCCCUGCGCCUGCCCAGAGGGAGUUAGAGUUCAAGCUGGCUGCCGAGCCGCGUUCCAGAAGAUGCGCUUUCUGGGCUUUCAAAGUGAACCUUUCAGCUGGUCCUGCAGGGUUGCGAGCCGGAACGUCCUCCUCUUGUGUUCGCAGGCAGGCGGAAAUAUUGCGGUGUCUGAGCUGCUCUUCACAAGUGACUGUGAAAUCUGAAAGGCAGGGAGGCCAGCUUAAAUCUGACUGCGGAUUUGGUAAACGACUGAGCAGUUUAAUAGAAGUCUCCAGUCUGAGAGAUUCCAGCAUUCCAGGCAAAGUGCUGGGCCUCCCUGGCGGCCACAGGCCCUCGCCUGCUCCCCAAAACCUGCCCCUUCUCAAAGGCCACUUUCUGAAAGACAGCUGCAUGAUCCGCUUGUAAAGGGCCCAUUGGAUCUGAUGUCCGGGUACCGGACACAGCGAAUUGUCCGUUCCGGUGCACAAUUGGAGAAAGUAACUCGUCUGCCAGAGGUGGUGGCACCGCAGCAUUGCAAAGAAUACACAGGGCCUUGACUCUGUGAUGCAGUUAAUCUACUGUCUGUCCUCAAAUACGUGCACCAAAGCUUGUUUAGAAUACCCCAGUACCGAUGCUGCUCCGUGUUGUACGGGACUCAGUUCGUUCCACUCAAGUCCAUGUAAUAUUUAUGUGCACCUCUAAGUUAUUUACUGUGCACCGUGACGUAAAUAAAGUUCGGCUUCAGCUGAA